UUAUCGAUAAACAAAUGAUUAGACGAUUGUCAGCACAAGAAGAGUGUAUAGAAAUCAAUGACAACGAAGAGGACAGGGAGUCUAUACCGGGUUCGGUGUCUGUUCAGUGCUCUGACGCCGAUCUCCGCAAUGUUAACAAUACUGUGUCUGACAACCAAUCGGCGAAAGAGAUGGAAGUGGACGAAGUGGUGGUCACGCGUAACAGCGAGUCCACCAGUAGUGGCCCUAAAUUCCCGAUCACAUCAUUUCCCGAUUAUAUAAUGUUCGGUACGUUUAAAGCUGAGGCCAAGGCUGUGGAGUUCAUCGAUGACGGGGUUCGCGUGACUAAUGUAGCGCCGAAUGCGCUCAACACUAAAUUCAAGUAUCAUAUUAUGAUACCAUUCGUUGAAAUGCAAACCAUUAGCAUCUGUAUAGAUAGCGCUCUACCACUCAUGUGUUUGCAGCCAACCCGCGACUCAACCGAUAAGAUACAGGAGUGCAUGGCUUUGGGUCACAAGUCCGAGAAUGGACUCCGAUUUGACACCGAUUCUGACGACCCGAGAGAACAGAAAAUUAUAAUUGUGUUGAAAGGCGAGAAGAUAACCGAAGGAUUCGCCAAAUUAUUGUUCAAACAAUGCAAUGAUUUGAACCCCAACUGCAAGUGCGAACGGAUGGACAUAUCGGACGCCCGACUGGUCAUAAGCGCCGCUCGCGAACGAGUCAUUAAUCUUGAGAACAAAAACCAACGUUUUAAUCGA